AUGUCUGGCCCCUACGAUUCUCACUACCCUUCCAACAACUACGGCAACGGCUACGGCAACAGCCAAUACCAAUCCACAUACCCAUCAUCCGGCUUCUCUCAGCCACAACAGCUCUACAACGCGAAUAAUUCGUAUGGCGCAUACCAACAAACAGACCAAAGUUACAACUCUUAUCAAUACCAACAACAACCACCCGCAUCAUCAUCCUACUAUCAAUCACAAAUACCUGCCAAUGACUCGUACUACAACCAGUCCGGCACCCCUGUCAACGCGGAUGGCACAACAACCGACCGCGGCCUCCUGGGCGCGGUGACUGGUGGUGCCGCGGGUGCUUAUGCUGGGCACAAGGCCCGCGGCCACGGCGUGUUGGGCGCCUUGGGCGGUGCAAUUCUCGGAUCCUUGACCGAAGACUAUGCGAAGAAAGGCAGGAAGAACAAGAACAAGACCCAAUCCGGCGCCGGCGGCAGCGGUAUCUUCAACCAGGUCUCCUCCAUGAUGAAGAAGUAA